AAAUAACAUAAAGUAGAUUUUUUCCCUUUUUUUCCUUUCUUAAAUCUUAACAAAAGAUUAAUUUUCGUUUUGGAAGUUAAUAUCUUUGUUUUCGUAUAUAAAGGAUAGGCAUACAAAAUUAUUUUCAAUAUAUCUAUCAAUCUUUCAAAAUGUCUUUUCCAAAUAAUUUCAAUUUUCAUGGUGAUAAUACUAACAAUCAUUGUUCAUUCCCCAACCAAAUGAAUCCAAAUUCUAGAAUGGUUCGAUCGAUGUUCACUACUUCUGAUCACACGAACCAUGGAGAUUUGUAUUCUCCAUCUCCUUUUACUUCUUUUCAAAAUUCACAUGUCUCUUCAUCUUCCUUUGAAUUACAAAAUUCACAUGUCUCUUCAUCAUCUUUUGGAUUUCACAAUUCACAUGUGAAAAAUCAUAUGAUGAGUGACAAUUAUUUUUCUGUCAAAAAUCAUUCUCAGCUUACUCAAAUUUCUUUCACUCAAACCACUACAAAUAGGUAUACUGCUAUUAUACCUACUAGUGCACUUGACACCAUACAAUAUGGUAUUGAACGUGAUCAACGUGCUAUGCAUUCUAAAACUGAUAUUUGGAAUCCUAUAUUUCCUCCUCCACAUAUUUUUGAUAAACAUCGCGGGAUUUUGAAUCCUGAACCUUUUGAUUUCAUUUUUCCGCGGCAAGAUUCUGCACAUCAUUUAGAGAGGUCUUUCAUGUCAUCAACGCACAACCAUGACCAACAUAUUCUCCAAGAUGGUCGUUUUUUGAAGAAAAUCUGGAAACCUUCCAAUCUUUAUGAAAAAACUAUCAAGCACAAUGAAACUGAAGAAAAAGAUAACAAUGAUGAUGAUCCAUAUGAUGGUCGUACCCAUAGUCUACCAUAUGAAAAAUAUGGUCCAUAUACAUGUCCCAAGUGCAAUGGCGUGUUUGAUACUUCUCAAAAAUUUGCUGCACAUAUGUCAUCUCACUACAAAACUGAGACGAAAGAAGAGAGAGAACAGAGACUUCGCGCAAAGAACAAAAGAAAAUAUUGUAAAUUAACUCAAGAAAGCCAUGGUAAAUCUUAGAAGACCAAACAAGAGAAUGGAGUCAGCAAAUGAAGCUUUAAAACAUAUUUUCAGCAUAAAAGAAGAGCUUGUUUAGGAUUUUAUUGCUUUAGUAUUUAUUUUCUAAUAUCUAUUCAGAAAUUUCAUGUGUGUUCUCAUUGUAGUAU